AUGAAGUCACCUCUGGGGAAGCUGAGAACAUUCGCACUGCACAAGGUCGAUGCCAAGGAAAAUUGGGAUCACCAUGUUUCGGCGCAUUUACACGGGCUGGCUCAAGCUGCAAAGGAUAUGAAAGACAUGAGAACUUGCUAUGAUAGUUUACUCUCUGCAGCAGCUGCUACAACAAAUAGUGCUUAUGAGUUUUCGGAGUCAUUGUCAGAGAUGGGGAAUUGUCUGCUGGAGAAAACUGCUAUAAAUGAUGGUGGAGAAAGUGGCAGAUCAUUAGCAAUGCUGGGAAGGGUUCAGCUUGAACUCCAGAAACUUGCUGAUAACUAUCGGUCUCAUAUUAUCAAGACAAUUACAAACCCAUCCGAGUCUCUUCUAAGCGAGCUACGGAAAGUGGAGGAGAUGAAAUUGCAGUGCGAUGAGAAAAGAGAGAUGUUUGAAUACAUGGUGGGACAAUAUAAAGAAAAGGGAAGGUCAAAACAUGGAAAGGGAGAGACUUUUACAUCAAUGCAAUUGCAGACAGUUCGUGAAGAAUACGAUGAGGCUGCAAGGCUUUGCAUUUUUCGUGUAGAAUCCUUGAAACAAGGACAGUGCCAAAGUUUAUUAACACAGGCAGCACGUCACCAUGCGGCACAGUUAAAUUUUUUCCGGAAAGGACUUCAAUCUCUUGAAGCAGUUGAACAGCAUAUUAGAAGUGUUGCAGAUAAGCAACAUAUUGAUUAUGAACUACGUGGAUUGGAUGAUGGUGAUGGUGAAGAUGAAAGGAAAAGAUUUGAGGCUAAUGAUGUUGGAGAAUUAAAUUUUGACUAUAGGCAAAAUCAGCAGGAGCUCGACCAUGCUUCCAUUUCAAGGAACUCAAUGGAGAUAAAUCGUGGUAAACACCAAGGGGAGCAAAUUUCCGGUCAGCAACCUCGAGGAGGCAGUCAUUCUGCUCCAAUAUUUGCAGAGAAAUUUGAUCCUGCUGAAAGAAUCAGAGAAAUGCAGAUAACUGUGCCGAAACUUAAUACACAUGUGCUACCCACUCCAGCUGAUGCAAUGAGUUCAAUGACAAGCAGUUUUACCCUCCUUUCAAGCACCGCAAGCUCUAGUGGGAGCAACAAAAAUACAUGGAAUUCAUCGCCACUGGAUGCAGAGAAGCACAGAAAAUUCCCUGAUGAUAAUUUGUAUGCACGUAAAUUCCCAAAAUCCGAAAUAGCAGUCGAAGAGAAAACCAACAACAGGCACUCUCUACCACUGCCCCAUCCUCUGACUGAGGGUGUUGCAGCCCCAAAACCUGACAUACAAAGUGGAUCUAAUACUCAGAAAAUUGAAAGACACGCAUUCUCUGGUCCAUUGGCAAGUAAAUCAUCAUCGAACAAGCCCAUAUUAUCUACCAGUGGACCCAUUGGCUCUACUGAACUACCUCAAUCUGUUUCUGGGUUACUUUCUCAUGUACAUGUGUCCCAGUCAUUAUCAAUAAAUGUAUUCCACGGUGCUUCCCUUGUAUCUUCUCCCAAAAUAAGCGAGCUUCAUGAGCUCCCUAGGCCCCCUGAUUCGUUAGGCUCCAAGCCUGCAUUUUCUUCUGGUGCUCUUGGGCAUUCUGCUCCCCUGGUCAACAGAAAUCGAGAAGCAUCUCCUACAAAGAGGAAUACUUUGCGGCCAUCAAAAGAAGGAUCUUCUCUUCCACUUCCUCAACUAACUGUUCCACGAAGUUUAUCCAUACCCUCUAUUGGUCAGAGAGCAUUAGCUUUACAUGCGGGCAAGCUAUUGGAAUCUUCCCAAAUUGAGAUCAAGACUGAAAAAAAGAGUAAGAGGUUGGAGAUUUUUUCCGUGGCUUCAGUUUAUGGGAUGUUAUUUCCUUGGCUUCUGUUAAUGGAAUGUCUGCGUUAG